AUGUCCAGGACCGGGUGCAAACCCCUCCGGGGCCAGACCCAGAACGUGCAGCACUUCAGCCUGGAGCGGGACACAUCAGGGAAGGUGCUGCUGGAGGACGGGAAGGGACGCUGCCCCUUCGACCCUGAGUACCGGUCCACGGCCGUCAUGGUCGAUGGUGAGCUCUAUGCUGGGACUGUCAGCAACUUCCAGGGCAACGAGCCGACCAUCUACCGCAGCCAGGAGAGCCGCAUCGCCCUCAAGACGGAGAACUCCCUCAACUGGCUGCAGGACCCGGUCUUCGUGGGCUCAGCCUACCUGCGGGAGAGCCUGCCUGCCGGCAACCCCGAGGGUGACGAUGACAAGGUCUACUUCUUCUUCAGCGAGACUGGCAAGGAGUUCGACUACUUCGAGAACACCAUCGUCUCCCGCAUCGCGCGGGUGUGCAAGGGGGACCAGGGCGGGGAGCGUGUGCUGCAGCGGCGGUGGACGACCUUCCUGAAGGCGCAGCUGCUCUGCUCGCACCCUGAGGACGGCUUCCCCUUCAACGUGCUGCAGGAUGUCUUUGUACUCACCCCAGGGGAGCUGCGCCGGAGGGGGGCGGUCUUCUCUGGGGGCUUCACCUCAACGGGGAACAAGGGCGGCCUGGGCAGCUCGGCUGUGUGCGCCUUCCCCAUGCACAGCGUGCAGCGAGCCUUCGGUGGGCUCUACAAGGAGGUGAACCGCGAGACGCAGCAGUGGUACACAGACACCGGCCCUGUGCCGGAGCCCCGGCCGGGCACGUGCAUCACCAGCCACACGCGGCACCUGAAGAUCAACUCGUCCCUCCAGAUGCCAGACCGGGUGCUGAACUUCAUCAAGGACCACUUCUUGAUGGACAGCCCUGUGCCCAGCCUGCCGCUGCUGCUGCAGAGCCGCCUACGCUACCAGCAGAUUGGUGUCCACCGUGCACAGGGCCUCCACGGCACUUACGACGUCCUCUUCCUGGGCACAGACGAUGGCAGGUUGCACAAAGCUGUGCGCGUGAACCACAGGGUGCACAUCAUCGAGGAGAUCCGCCUCUUCCCCACUGGCCAGCCCGUUCUCCAGCUGCUGCUGGACCAGGACCAGGGCCUGGUCUACGCAGCCACCUACACAGCGGUGGCUCAGGUCGAACCGGACCCCAGGCGCAGGCACCGCACCGGCCCCGGCAUGUGA